GCAGAGGGAUUGCAAAGAGUUGCAGUGUACGUGACAGCAAGCCCAUUCCACACAUAAUCUCUUCAUACGAGUGCCAAAAUGGACAGAAAAUAUAGAGCUCUUCUUGAGGUCUAAGAAUCUGGCUCAUUGUAGGAACCAUCAGCAAUGCUAGUUGCCUAGUUCCAGUUGAAGCACUUCACUUCUUGGUAAGGUUUGGAUUCUACUGACAAUCACCAAUUAGCUACCUGAUCAUGUAACAGUUUAGACUCUUCCAGCCCAUCAGUUCAUUCUUGCACAGCACUAAAACUUCUCUAUCAGAUAGUCUGGGUGUCAAACAAAAAGCUUUGAGAACCUAUAUAUGCAUGUAAUUAGAUGUAAUGGAGAAAAAGACUUUCAAGGCGUGAAAAACCCAUGGAAUCUCCAAUGCAGCUCUCUGGUAUGCACAAUCUGAAUAAUUUGCUAGUUGUUUGGGUUUCAGGCUUUCAGUGCUUACUGUUGGGUUUGUUUGUAUACUGUAUUUUUCUUAGCUGUAAGCAAAAUGAAUAGAAUUUCUGUCUGUAGGUUAGGAGCAUUUCUUUUGACAAGGCUUAAGGAGAAUUGAUCCUACACCAUAAUAAUGUUUUUGUCAACCCUUAUUCAGCUCUAAAAUUGCAACCAUCGAUGAUCAGAUGUUAUUACUACUUUUGGCAAUAUCAAUAAAUAUGAAGAUUGAUCGUAGAUCCUCCCUACAUAAAGACCCUAAGCGAGCCAGAAAUCCAAAUUUUCAAUCUUUCACAAGAAUUGCGUUCGGAAUUUUUUAGGGCUUCUCGAUUUUCGAUUUCUUCACGUACCCAUACCAUAGAAGCUUGCGAUCAUGAGAUUUAGAAAAGGUAAUAGGGUGGAGGUGUUGAGCAAGGCGGUGGCGGCUGGUUCAUGGCUUUGUGCCGAGAUCAUCUCCGGUAACGGCCACACGUACAGCGUAAAGUACGGUUGGUUUCCGACUACCACCGAGGGGAUGGUGCACAGGGUUCCGAGGAAGGCUAUUAGACCCUGCCCGCCUCCUGUGGAAGGGGCAAGGGACUGGAUCCCUGGCGAUCUUGUUGAGGUGUUUGACAAUCCUUAUUGGAAAACGGCGGUGGUGGUUAAGGUUGUUGAUGGAAACAACUUUUUUGUUAGGCUUAUUGGAUCGUCCGUCGAAUUCAGAGUCCCAAGAUCUCAUCUGAGGGUUCGACAGUGCUGGGAAGACGGUAGAUGGUUCCUGGUUGGAGAGGGAAAAAGAAAUACAGCUACAAGAACGAAGCUAUCUCUUGUCGAUGAUGAAAUUGAAAAGUCCCUGAUGAUUUCCACCAGAACCCCGAAGAAAAGAGGAGGCUGUUCUAUUGGUUUGUCAGAAUUUGAAGUCCCUGCUGUACCUGUUAAGAAGAUUAGAUUGAUUGGAAAGGAUAGUAGCAGUAAAAGAUCCCUUGUACUGCAUCCAUCUCCAGUUUCUGAAAAGGUCGAUGCAUUUGUUUCCCAGCAAAAGGUACUGGGUAAAAAAGAUAUGCAUGCUUCUUUUCAUGAUAGAACUACUAUAUGCACUAGAGUGGACUUGGCUGGGGAAAAUAAUAGGCUUAACAUGGGAACCUCUUUAACUGUUGAUACCGAUAGCAGUAUAUCAUCUGUUGGUAGUUGUAGUUGGAAUAUCUCUAAUAGGUUGUCCAGUUGUAUUAGAACAAACGGUCUUGAAAACUUAGAGGACUACUCUAGUGAUGCUGAAUCACAUUGUGGACGUGAAUAUGUUGAACCAUGUUCAUGUUCCUCAAAUGUGGAAUUGAGAACUGAUACCCAUAGGUCAGAUCUACAUGCCUACCGUCGUGCUCUUUGGGCACUGUAUGCUUCUGGACCUCUGAGUUGGGAAGAAGAAGAAAAGCUUACAAAUUUACGUUGUGCACUCCAUGUAUCAAAUGAUGAACAUUUAAGUGAGUUAGAGAACUUGAAAUUGGCUCAUAGUAAGCUUCCCCUUAGUUGUUAAUAGAUUUUUGUUAGGUUACUUUUAUUCUCCCAUUAUGCGAAUGUUAUGCAAACUUAACAAUCUGAUUUUAUGUAAAAAUCCAGUGAAAGGGUGCCUCAUUCUUAAAUUUUUUAUUUUUAUCUCCUGUUCAUUUGUUCAAUGUACUGCUGAUCAUUUUAUUUGAGGAUGUUAACAUGGUAUAUGGUAUGUACCCCAAAUUUUAGCAACAUUUACCUCUACUUCUAGUGAGGUUAAUUGUUUCUUAGCAUUUAAAGACAGUUCUACUACCAAAAAAGUUAUGUUCAUUGUUUUUCUUACCUCUUACUUCCAAAAGGUUUUAUAAGCCCUCAAGAUGGUUUUUAACCAGAUAUACAUUAUUGUGCCCUGUUAUCUGGAAAUUGUUAUUCAGUGUCUGUAUUGAGGGCCAGACUAGAUUUUGUUGCUCAUGUUUAAGGUUCCUUCAUUAUUGAUUCUAUAUACUGCUCCAAUUGUUCUCAUUAUUGAUGGAACUCAAAAUUUUUAAUUUUUUACUUACUUUUUUUGGGAAAUAUAUGGGUUUAUGUUGAGGAAUUUAUUGAUGCUUUCUCAGAAUAUCUCGUUGCUAAUGCUGGAGGCAGCCAUACCUUUUCUUCUAAAGGUAUGAAGAUGAGGAUGGGAUGCCACCUCUUGCCACAGACCAUUGCAGAACAUCUGCAGUUUUUCUACUAAAGGAACUCCUGGUCCUUGCUGUUGGUAUGAUUUUUAUUUUUUCCAAUUCUUGAUUAUGGCAACAGGCAAACCCCACAUAAAGUUUAUUAUGUCACUUCCUCUGGAUAAGCUAGCUGCUUUCUGAUCUAAUGUGUAAAUUGAAAAGCGUAUUCUUAUCCCACAAAUAUAAAAUAGAUUGCAAUUACAACUUAAAAGAAGGAUUUUGUCUUUAAUAAUAUCUGAUAUUCUGGUAGCUAUGACUGGAUACAUCCACUAAUGGAACUAUUUUAUGAUUAAUUAGUGUAAUUAAAAUGCUUCAGUAUUU